AUGUCGGAAGAAGCUGCUGCUGGUCUCCGCUGGAACAACAAUGUAUCUGUGGCAGCUAUCACCUUGAUAUCUUAUGAAUACCUUCUUCUGUUGGAAAAGGAGGUUGAGUAUGUCUGGAAAAGACCGUGGUCGUUGAUGUCAUGCUUGUACCUUGUUGUUCGAUAUUUUGGGCUUUUCCUUGCACUGCUGUGUGCCUGCUGGGGAGGUCUAUUGUAUAUGCCUGAAUCAUCUCAACAGUCGUUGCCCUCCUAUUUUAGCUGCUACGAUCUUAUUGUUCUCAUUGAAUGGGGAUUUUCGGUGUAUUUUGUCUUUGCGGAAAUCAUUCUCAUCUGGCGUCUUUAUGCCAUAUGCAACCAAUCUAAGCUCUUACUUCAUGUUUUAAUAGGACUGUUCUUACCUAUCGUCGCCCUCUCGAUAGGGACAGACAUCUAUUUGUAUAGUCGACGCGAGGUGUUCUCAGUGAAAGAAUUAAUGACUGGCAACACCACGUACUGCACGAUUUACUUCAAAAUUGGGCCCGCGCUUGCGAUCUAUACCUCCAUCCCCAUCGUGUGCUAUGAUAUUUUGCUCGUCAUUCUCGCGGCCGCCACCCUCGUCAGGCACCUUAAAGAACAGAGGAAGAUCAAAAUGAGGCCUAAUACCUACAUGGUCAUGAUUGUCCGUUAUCAUAUCAUGUACUUUGCCCUGAAUCUGACAAACCAAAUAUUAUUGGUGGUAUUAUGGGCUAAUAUUCCGACGCCGGCGAUGAGUCUCUCAGAGCUCUUCAACGGCACGGCACCAUUUAUUCUCGCACCCCGUCUUAUCAUCAGCAUUUGGGAUACGCAUGCCACCAAUGAGUGCGUACACGUCAGCACGACCUUCGCAGAUUGUGUAUGCUGGACAUCGCCACCGGAUUUCGAGCUACAUGAGAUGGACCCUUGCGUCGGGCAAGCUGAUUCCACAAACAGCAUGGAUAAAGAUGAAAUUGGGGUAGUGAUGCCAUAAUAUUAUUCGUAUCUAUGAAUCUCAAUGAGUUACAUACCAAGAUCACUUGUGGCUACACAGAUGAUACAUGAUAUCAUGAUGCCCGAAAACAGCUUACA